AUGGGCCAUUUCGAGGCAUCAACUCUUGAGAACAUCAUCGUUUCGCACAACUUCCAGCUAUUCCUCGACAUCCAAAAAGACUACGAACUCGAUUUAAACGGAUUAAUUCCAUUUAUUGCUAGAAACUACAAUUUGAAGAUGUUUCUCUACUCGUUAUGCCAUGCCAAGUCUAAGACCAACGCUUUCAUUUACUACGGAUACAUCCAAGUUCCAGAAAUUUAUGAAUAUUUCUGCCAACAGCAAAAACCAACAAAUCGUGAGCUUCUUGAGCAAGCAGAGCAAUCAGACAAUGUUUCUCUUAUCAAAAUCCUUCUAGAUCAUGGAAUGGAGUUCGAUCCCUCAGAUUUAUCAUUUGACGGACAUAUUUUAAAGAAUUUGAUUUUGCCAGACUCAUUUGAAGUCUAUAAAUAUGUCUUCAACCAUUUUGAUAAGAAGGAUCUUCCUGUUCAUUUCAUUUGA